ACAUAUAAAACCAAAACGUUUUCAUGACAUUUAUUUUCAUGUAAAAGAAAAUCAAAUAUUAAAUAACGAAAUAAAAAAAUGCGCUCGCGCACCAGAAGCCGCUCUCGGAGUCCACGAAGAGAUCGACACGACUACGACAAAUCACGUACGCGCACCGACAGGCGGGAAGCUUACAAGCCGGUGGCAGGAUCUAAGAAUAGAGAACGAGAUAGACCGCACAAAAAUGGGUAUGAGAAGUCUCCUUCGCGGCAAAACCGUCGCAGCUCGAAGCAACGCGAUUCGCCUCCACGACGACAGAGCGAGCGUGACCGCUCAUUGAGUACUGGGAGCAGUAGCAGCAGCACAGGAAGCAGCGUUAGUAGCAGUAGCAGCUCAAACAGAUCCGCCUCACGUAGUCGGAGUCGCCAUCGCAACCGUAGCCGAAGUCCUGUGAAACAGAGAAAAGAGUCUGUUGAGCGUUGGCCUAACGACCGCUAUCACGAAAACAACGACAGGCAAAGCAAUCCAUUUCGAGGACGUGCACCGGAACGUAGCUUCAUAAACGAUCCGGCUGAGCGGCCUAGUAGGAAAAAUUAUUCACACCGAGGUGGCGGUAAUCCGAGGGACUCAAAGGCUUUAAGUGCGAGACGCGCGCAACGUGUACGCAUUGGCGAGGAAGGCGUGCCAGAGGUUUGGGGCACAAGUCCGACGCGUUCAAGCACCCAUGAUGUGGAAUUAGUUAAGGGUUCCUAUGUGGGGCCCAAAAAGAAGAAAAAGAAAAAUAAGAAAUCAUCCAAAAAGUCAAAAAAGAAGGCAAAGAAAAUCAAAAAGAAGAAAAAGAACAGAGGCACUUCCAGUAGCUCAUCUGACUCAGCCUCCUCCAGCUCAUCCUCAUCAAGUUCCAGCAGCGAAGAUAGCUCAAGCGACGAUGACGAUAGUUCAGAGAGUGAUGAUGAGGAGGAACUUUGGCUAGAAAAGACAGCGGACGGCAUAAAAAAACCGCCAAAAAAGAAAGCCAAAAAAAGCUCAAGUAAAAAGAACAAGAAAAAGAAAAAGAAGAAGAAGAAAUCGGAGUCCGAAAAGAAGACUUCAUCUAGUUCAUCAAAGUCCAAGUCAAAAGCGAAUGGAUCUAAGAACGAGGAAGACGUGGGUCCGUCCUUACGCUCUGGCGGCAGCCUGAAUCAAAAGGACUUUGGACGAGCUCUGCUUCCGGGUGAAGGUGCUGCAAUGGCUGCUUACAUCGCGGAAGGCAAGCGCAUACCACGACGUGGAGAAAUCGGCCUGACAUCGGAUGAGAUUGCCAAUUUCGAAUCGGUGGGUUACGUGAUGAGCGGUAGCCGGCAUCGUCGCAUGGAAGCUGUGCGUAUUCGCAAGGAAAAUCAACUUUAUUCGGCAGAUGAGAAACGUGCCUUGGCCAUGUUUAGCAAGGAGGAGCGACAAAAGCGCGAGAAUAAGAUAUUAACACAAUUCAAGGACAUGAUUAACUCCAAACUGCAAGCUAAGGAUAAGAAGUAGUAAUAUGACGUUUUUGUAAAC